AUGAAAUCAUUCGCCCUGUUGGUUGCCAUUCUGGCCGUGGCCAGCGCCGAGUGGAUCGAGAUCGACUGGUCACAGGUGCGUCCGAUCGAGGACUUUGACCACUACUGGGCUCGGCUGCCGGCGGAGUUGCAGUUUCUGCGCAAGCUUCAACCGGAGCGGAGGAUCACCAACGGCCAGGAGGCUACGCCGGGUCAGUUCCCGUACCAGAUUGCGCUGUUGAGUACGUUCGGUGGUGGUACUGGACUUUGCGGCGGUUCGGUCCUGACCAACAACUUCAUCCUGACGGCGGCUCACUGUGUCCAGAAUGCCAUGGGUGGAACUGCGAUCAUGGGCGCCCACAACCGUAUUAACAACGAGGCAACUCAGCAGAGAAUCGCGUUCGGGGUUAAUGGAAUCAAUAUUCAUGCUGGAUACACCCCCACCAACAUCCGUAACGACAUUGCCACCGUGCGGUUGAACAGUCCCAUCACGUUCAACGAUCGUGUCCAGCCGGUGCGCAUUCCGGCUCACGGUGACAACCGUCAGUUCGCUGGUUUGACCGGAACCGUGUCUGGGUUUGGACGUACUUCGGACGCUAGCCAGGCCACUUCGGCCGUGGUGAUGUUCACCUCGAACCCGAUCAUGACCCAGGCCGACUGUUUGGCCAGUUGGGGCAACAACGCGAAUCUGAUCCAGGCGCAGAACAUCUGCAUGUCUGGGGCGGGAGGUCGUUCGGCUUGCAACGGAGAUUCGGGUGGUCCGUUGAGCGUUGCGGAGGGUGGAACUCUGCAGGUUGGAAUCGUUUCGUUUGGAUCGGCUGCCGGCUGCUCGAUCGGGAUGCCGUCGGUGUACGUGCGUGUGACGCACUUCCUGGAAUGGAUUCAGGCAAACUCCGAUCAUCAGCAUUAAGUGAAUGUAGAUUAAAUAUACGGUCAUUUUUUAAUUA